CCUGCAUACUUGAAGCAAUCUUUGAAAAAAAUAGCAGAUAACGAGUCUAAUAGAAAUACAGCAUAAAGGAAAUAACCAGAAAUAACCAUGUUUGGUCUGUAAACAAUAUUGACUUUAAUAAUCCGCACUGUUUAUCCAUAUAAUAGCACCACAGUUCCAUCUGCUGGUUAGCAUCGGUAUAGCAUGAACUUUCUCUGAGAUGCUGGUAUUCAUCUGGACCACCGCAUUGUACUCCAUUCUCUGGCGAGAGAUGACUCGGCGUUAUCAGAGUAAAUAAAGGUGAAAAUACUGUAAUUCACCUCAAAUUAAACUAAUAGACUUAGCCUACUUAAAACUAUUAACCGUAUCAUUUAAAUACGAAUAUAUAUAUAUAUAUAUAUAUUACAUUGGAUAACCUAACAAUAAUAAUCAUGGAUCACUUCCGCGGCUUGUUUGAUAAACUCGACAAGAAUAAAGACGGGUUUAUAUCUACAGAGGAGCUGCAAAGUGAAAUGCGAAGGAUAGGCGUGGAACCAGUUUGUGAAAAGGUUCAAGCUAUCAUGUCCAGUUACGACCAAAAUGAGGAUGGACGUCUAAGCUAUCAGGAAUUUCUAAUUUACAUGAUGGACAAAGAGAAGAAAUGGAAAAUAGAUUUCCAUGCCCUUGACAGAAAUAAAUGUGGGGCUAUUGGCCUGGAGGACAUAAUGUACCUGUUUAAGGAAUUAGGUUUGGUCAUAUCAAAACCAAACGCAAAGCGGAUCAUCCAAAUGAUGGAUGAAGACAACUCUAUGACGGUAGACUGGGAGGAAUUCCUCCAGCAUGUCAUCAUAAACCCAGCAGAAAACAUUGGAGAGUUGGUAUCAUCCUGGAAACAUAACCUGGUGUUUGAUGUAGGAGAGAGUCGCUCUAUGCCUAUUGAGUUAACCCAGCAGGAGACUGACCUGUCUGUCUGGGGGAGCUUUAUAUUGGCCGCAGGAUUGGCAGAUGCUGUGUCUAGAACUGUGACAGCACCAAUAGACCUGUUAAAGACACGACUUCAGGUUUUUGGAUCCAAAGCUGUGUCUCUGGGAUUCCGAGAGCUGCAGACUGGUGGAUUUAGAUCCUUGUGGCAAGGAAAUGCUGUGAAUGUUCUUAAAGGAACACCACAAUCAACGCUUCAGUGUUUGAUCUAUGCCCAGAUGAGGAUGUACACUCUUGGUGAGAGGGACAGUCUGUCGGUCCAUCAAAGGUUUGGACUGGGCUGUGUGUCAGGGGCCGUGGCACAUGCUGUGUUCUACCCCUUAGAGGUGUUGAAAGUUAGACUCAAUCUCCAGCCUGCUGGUACCUACAAUGGAGUUUUGGGAUGUGCCAGAUUGAUUUACCAGAACGAGUCUGUGUCAGCUUUCUACAGAGGGUUCAAACCCAGCAUACUCUGUAUGAUACCUUACGCUGGAGUGGAAUGUGCAGUGCAUCAGUCAAUUAUGAGCUGGGCUAAACAGGAUCCAGAGCACUUCGGUGACUCCAAGCUCUUCCUCUUCAGUUUUGCAGCAUUUGCAUCAGGACAGGCCACCAGUUACCCUCUUGCUGUCAUCAGAACACACCAGCAAGCGCAAGCUUUCUGUUCCAGCUCACAGAAGCCUACAGAUGCUCUUCAAGGACUCGUUGGAAUCUAUGAGAAAUAUGGAGUCAGAGGUUUUUAUAAUGGAAUGGGUGCUAGCUUUCUAAGAGCGGUUCCUUGUGCUUUACUGAAUUACACCCUGACCUCAAAAUUUGAGACAUUGCUUUCUUCAUUGUUAUAAUGUUGAAUAAUGGAUCAGGAAUGAUGUCAUGAACCUUGUGUAUAUUUAUUGUUUUUAUUCCUUUGAAUUACGUUAGAUUACAUAUAGUCUUGGGUGACCUGUUAUGGUAACUUAUGACUAUGGUAUCAGUAUUACAGUAUCAGUUUUUGAGAUCUGAGCCUUUUAACAAAUACAUGAGCACAGUAUCUGUAUUGUGCAUUCAUAUUGGCAGCACUGUAUUGGGUUAUGUAUUUCACAGUUUACAAUAUGUUUUUGCCAUGAAAUGUUAACCAUGUAUCCAACCUUCCUGACAUCAAAAAACUUUAUUUGCUUGCUGCUAUGAACUUAAUGAGUAUAUGCCACUGGUGUUAAAUUGUAAGGCCAACUCAGACUUAAUAAAAACUGCCAUUUCUUUUU